GGAAACAGUUAAAUUUCACUCAAAAAACAAUUCACCAUGUCUAAAUAAAAAAGUAAGAGAACUUUUUAUUAAAUAGAUUCCCUAAAUCAAUUUGCGGCCUUUGAUAAUUUACAUUUAUUCUUAAAUUCAUAAGACUAAGGAUCAGUAGAUUCGUAUCCUGAUCAUGCCGGUAUACCGCCAAUUGUUUUGUUACUACCGGUAAAUACCGGCGGUGAACCGCCAGUAUACCGCCGGUCUUUUUUCCGGUUCGAAUCACAUGGGAUGUUUAUCAUAUUUUUGACUUUUGUACGGAAAAGCUUUUCUACAUAUUGAUAAUCGACAAUAGACUUUUGAAAAAAAAAACACAAUCAAGGCAUGAAAAAAGAAUUAUUUAUAUUUCAAUAACUCCUUAUUUAUCAAAAAAGCCACACCCUCCGUGAAUAAGUUAUUCUACGAAAAAUUGAAUCUUUUUGAAUUCAAGUAAGAAAAUUUUCCUUUUUUUGUAUUUAACAUUUAUUUCAAUAAUUUAUAAUAUAAAUAAGAUUUAAAAAAAAAGAAACUUUCAAAGUUGAAUUGCAUCUUUUUUGUAGAUAAGUGUUUAAAUGAAUAUUUCUAUUUGAGAUUUUCAAGAUAAGUAUUAGCUAUGGGCUCAUGUGCAAGUGUAAAGAAAGUUGAUAAAAAAAUUCAGGCUUCACCAGAAGACGACUACAGUGUAGUUCCCAGUAAAUAUUUAUCAUCUUCUAAUCAUUAGUUUUCUUUUAAUAAUAAUCAUUUUUCAGAAACACCACCACCAAAGCGCCAUGCAACAAAACCUAUAAGUAAAUAUUUUUUAUAUUCUAAUCAUUAUAUUAUUAAAUAAGAACUCUUUAGAUGGAGAAACAAUAGAUACAACCAGAUUAGACCGAAUUGUUCAAGCCGCAGACUUUUCAGUAAUCGUUAACGAAAACAUUCAAGUAAAAUAUGAUUUCUAUUUGACUUUCUUUCUUAUAAUAUCUACCGUCUUAAAAGAUAAAUCCAAAAUUAUUUAGAGAUUUGUUUUUCUUUCGUUUUGAUCGUACAUUUACAAAUCUAAGCGAUGAAAAAAUACGAAAAACAUAGCAUAAAUGUGAGCCGUGCCUGAGUAUCUAUGCCAUUCGUCAUGUAAUAUAAACAUACUUUCCUACAAUAAGGAAUUGAACAAUAAGAACUGUACGCCAACUCGAUCGUUUUGUGCUGGACUAUAGUUUUGAUGAUCAUUAACAUCAUGUAUGAAUUUUGUUUAGAAUCAUUCAGAGAAAUGAUUGUCUGUCAGAAAAAGUAGUAUCUCUAUCUAAUGAAGGAAUAUUCUUAAGUAGGACUCAUCAAUCGAACUGAUAUUUUGCUGAUAAGUCAGUCUCAUGGAUUUUUGAAUAUUCUGGAAAAUUUAACCCAAAAGAGUAUGUUCUUCUUCGAAUAUGGAAUAUUCAAAAUAAAACUUAUCUAUCAUAGGAAAAGGUAAGAAAACACAUUCUUUUUAACAAUGGAUAUAUGAAAAAGAAAAUAUGGUUUUGAGUUGAAAUUUUGAAGACAUUCAAGGUCUACGAGAUCUGCUUAUGGACAAUAUCUCACCUUCAAACUUCACGCUUCGAUUUCUUCUCAAAAAGCUUAAGAAGUACAACGCAUAGGGAUGUACCUUUAUAGACUUCUAUUGGUCUCAUCGGAGCCUAAUUAUGCUCAAAAUAUCAGUUCAAUUCGACAAUGUAAACUUAGGAACCUUCCAUCAUAAGUCUAGUUUGUUGUGUAGAACUCAAAUAUAUUUUCGAAGAAAAUAGCGAGUUUAAUUUUCAUGUUAAUGUUUUUUUGGUUUCUCACCUCUAUUACAGAUCAUAGCAACUGGGAACAAGAGGCGUUAGAUUCCUUUCUCAAAGCUUAUUAGCGAUAUGAAAAGGUACUGAACAUCAUUACGGGCAAGACGUCCACUGUUUAAGAAGGUUUCAAUGCUUUCGUUGAAAUUUGAAUAUCUGAGAUAAGUUUGUGAAUAUUCUGAGUAGUAUAGCUUGCUAUUUUUGCUCAGAUAAAAAUUUCUAUUCAAGAUAUCAGCAAUGAUGAAUAGUCAUGAAUUGAUUUCCUACUGUCGCUAUAUGAUCAACAUAAAAAAUGUGAAUUGAUCAACUUCUGACUUUGAAAGAUGAUCGAAAUAUAUAAGUAUGCGUUUGAGACACACUCUAGACAUAAUGAAUAUAUAGAAUACGAUUAUUUGUCGCUUGAAUCAAAUGUUACGAUGUGAAUAAUGUUUGAAUUAAUAAAAACACAAUGCGAAAAAGAAAAAUGACGAGCGCAUAGCAACACGAUAAACAAAACAAUACAUCACCUAUAAAAGACACGAAAAGAAUUCUGUUCGAAAUGUAACCAAUAAAUAGAAGAGUUCGUUUACACGAUGCUUCUUUAUCUUAGAAAAAACUCAAGUCUGCGAGAAAUUUUUCACUUGACGUGUUUUCGAUAAGUAUAAUUAGGCUAAAAAUUCUGUGAGCUCCAUAUUUCAUCACCUUUGAAGCUACAUAAGCAAGCUAUUAUUACUCUCACACUUGUCAAGUUCUAUUGACUUGAUUUGUUUCGAUUGUUAUUCAAUAACUUAAUCAAUUUUCUAUCAUAUUAGUUUUCUAAUUCUGUAAAAUAAACUAUUCUUGUUUAAUUAGUUUUUGGUCUAAUUUUGUCAAUUGAUUAAAUAAAGUCAAACAAUAUAGAACUAACUGUCCUUUUGUGUUAUAGUUUAAAUCGAGUACUAAACCUCCACCCAAAGAAAAGGAAUCAAUCAAAACAAAACUAGAACAGAAACAGCCACAAGAUAGCAAUUGGCAAGAAAAAUAUUUUAUUCAUGGAGACUCAUCAGAUCUUGUUGUUGAUGUUAAAAAUCAAGUUCAUGGUUGUAUUGCUUCUUCUGUUUCAGAAAAUAUUGAUAUAUAUUUAUCCAGUCUUCAUGAUAUUGCUUUGACAACUGAUAACAUUCUUCAUCAGCGUUUAUUGGCAAUAUCAUCUUUAGAAGAAAAAGUUAUUCAACAAAUUAUUCAAGAAAGACAGAAUCUUAUUGAUAAAAUACUAGUUAAGGGUCGUUCACAAAUGGAUCAAUCAGAAGAAUAUUAUCGAAAACUAAUAGAAGACUUUAUUGCUAAAUUACAAAUUGAAAUGUCAAAACAUUUAGAUUUAUUACAAAAACAAAUCGAAGCUGAAAAACAAAGGGUUUUUUCUCAUACAAAUAGUAACAUUCAAGAUUUAACAGUGAGAUCAGAAAAUGCUAAAAGACAAUUUCUUCAGAUAUUACAAGUUUUUGCUGAAUCGAAACGUCAAGAAGUAUUGGAUGAAAUAUCUAGUAUUUCUAAAGAUAAAACACUUCAACCUCUUGGUUAUGAACAAUUAAGAAGACUUAAUGUAGAAAUGUAUUCUACUGUAGGCAUGAAAAAAGAAGUACAAGGUUGUGAUAAUGUACCUGACAGAAAUAAACACAUCAAAGAUAUUAAUGAUGCGAAACCGAAUCAGCCUAUUAAAAGAACUGUUUAUAUUGGAACUGAUGGUGAUUCAACAUUAUGA